AUGUCGUUCCGGAGACGGUGCACUCCUAGAUUCGCAGUGACUUUACUUGUCGUAUGGCUCCUUUUGGCCCUCCUCAUACACCUCAAGGAAGAGCUCUGGGACGCUCUGGGGCCGGGCGACGCGUUUAAUGACGCAGAUUUGGGACUCGAUGACAUCGCAGGUGGCAAGGAGGCAGCUGUAGGACCCCAGCCGGUAGCUCGACGAACGGCCGUGGUCGUAGCCAGCCAGAAAUCGGAGAACUCUACCUGGCUCUCUAGCUACUUUCCUGAAUGGGAGAAGAACAUAUACGCAGUGGACGACCCUGCUGCUCCAUUGACUGUGCCGAAAAACAAGGGCCGGGAAUCUAUGGUAUAUCUGACCUUCAUUAUUGAAAACUACGAUGAUCUUCCUGAUAACAUCCUCUUCAUCCAUCCGAACCGAUACCAAUGGCAUAAUGAUGACCCUGACUACGAUGGCCUGCCCAUGCUACGACACUUCCAGAUACCAUACCUCGAGCAGGAAGGCUACGUGAACAUUCGGUGCGCUUGGUCGUUAGGAUGUCCAGAGGAGAUCAAACCUCUAGGUCAAGAGGGGGAGCAUCGAGCUGCGGUGCAUGCUGGCGGGGACUACAAGCAAGCAUUCGAGGUUUUGUUUCCGGAGAAGGAAGUCCCAAAAAUUGUAGGCGUGUCCUGUUGCGCACAAUUUGCGGUUACAAAAGAAAAGAUACGGGAAAGGCCCAAGAGCGACUACGAACGCUAUCGUGAGUGGCUUCUGGAGACGCCGCUUGCGGAUUCAAUUAGCGGACGAAUAUUCGAAUACUCGUGGCACAUGGUGUUUGGCAAAGAGGCCGUGCACUGCCCCUCCCCUAAGGAGUGCUACUGCAAAGUCUUUGGGGCAUGUGAUCUGGAUUGCGAGACGUCGUCCUGCGCUGGACGUUACAUUCUCCCCCCGUAUUCGAGUCUUCCAUUUGGUUGGCCUUUGAUCGGCUGGGAAGGAGAGCCACGCAACAGGAGUGCCUCGGAAAUAUAG